CCUCCUUCCCCGCUCUUCUCAGCGGUCCCCCGCCCCUUCCCUUGGCCUCCUCCUCUCUCGCCUGCAGCUGAGCGUCCCCUCCCCCCACCCGUCGGACUCCUCGGCGGCUACUGCAGAGGAUCCAGAGCCGAGUUGCUGAGGAGGAGGAGGCUCCCGGUCCCUGCGCGCCAUCCGCCACCUUACUGGACACGGGCGAAGGAGCGAGAGCGUCGCCUCUGUAGCCCCCGGAGAAGACAAGGGCAUCGCCGUCUGCGCUGCCGCCGUUUUCGCCUUCAGCGGCUCGCCGGUGCUAGGUGGAUGGAUUGUCAUUAACUCUGAGACAGUCAGUACAGGAUGGAAGAACAGGCUUGGAGAAAGAUGGAUCCUCAGUCUUCUACAAUGAACCCUGUUUAUAGCCCCGUUCAGCCUGGGGCUCCUUAUGGCAACCCUAAGAACAUGGCCUACACAGGUUACCCCACAGCCUACCCGGCAGCGGCCCCUGCCUAUAAUCCCAGCCUGUACCCCACCAAUAGCCCCAGUUAUGCUCCAGAGUUUCAGUUCCUGCAUUCAGCUUAUGCAACUCUACUGAUGAAACAGGCCUGGCCACAGAACUCAUCUUCCUGUGGCACUGAAGGCACCUUCCACCUCCCAGUGGACACCGGGACCGAGAACCGAACUUACCAAGCAUCCUCUGCCGCUUUCAGAUAUACUGCGGGGACACCAUACAAGGUCCCUCCGACCCAGAGUAAUACUGCUCCGCCCCCCUACUCCCCAUCACCCAACCCCUAUCAGACGGCCAUGUAUCCAAUCAGAAGUGCCUACCCCCAGCAGAAUCUGUAUGCCCAGGGAGCCUACUACACACAGCCGGUGUAUGCAGCCCAGCCCCACGUCAUCCACCACACCACGGUUGUCCAGCCCAACAGCAUUCCCUCUGCCAUCUACCCGGCGCCUGUUGCUGCCCCCAGGACCAACGGUGUGGCCAUGGGCAUGGUGGCUGGCACCACCAUGGCAAUGUCAGCAGGUACCCUGCUGACUGCACCCCAGCAUACCGCGAUUGGGGCACACCCUGUCUCCAUGCCAACAUACAGGGCCCAGGGGACCCCUGCGUACAGCUAUGUGCCCCCGCACUGGUAAAGCCUGCAGCCCACCCAAAUCUGGAGUCACACAUUGUAUGCAACUACUCAAGUCUUACCCAGGUGCUGGAGCCUUCCCUAGCAGCACCACCUCUAUUUGCAAGAAGAGACAACAGAAGUGCAAGGGUCACUUUAUGCAUCUUUAAUGGUUUUGGUUUUUAAUUUUGGUUUUUGUAAAAGCUGCUUUUUCUAAUCUCCUGCCUCUCCUCACUGUCCCCCUCUUAGCUGCUGCCCUUCCAACUCUAUCCCCUCAUCGUACCUGACCAGGCACAUCCUCUCUGUUCUUUCCUUCGCCAGAGACCCCAGUCUAGUGGCAGGCAGAGAGAGGGGUUUAUUGCAAUGGUUCAGCUUCUUUUGAAGAGCAUAAAAGAUGUGGCCCUCGGGUGCAGGGUAGGACCUCAGAGCUGUGUUGAGCAGACCAUGUCUUGAGGGGAUUGUUUCUUUUUGACUUUUUUUCUUAAGCAAGAUUAGGACAUUACCGUAUCCUGACACAACUGAACAGUCUUCUGAGAACCAUUGCAAUAGACCACGAACAAAACCACCUGAUUAGGUAGAAGCACUCAUAGCGUAACACCCAGGUGAGAACCUGGGAAAACAGAUUCUUUCUUUGGGAGAGCUUGGCUGGGGGACAGGGCAGGGGGAGGCACUGUGGGAAAGAAGAGGGGAGAGAGGUUUUUGCCUGCUGGUUUUGGUUUGUAGGGUCUCUGGCCAAAUUGUCUGGCCCUUGACCCUCUGAUUUGCACAGUGAUGCUAACUGGCCUGGCACUUCUUUAGAAGGUAAUUUUUGAUCUCGGACCUGCCAAGCAGCUGCAGGGUAGUGGGAUCCCAGCCUCCCAAAGUCUUGGAAGGCCAAUGUAAUCCAGACAUUGGCCUCAGCCCUCAUGGACCCACUCUGAUGAGGAGCUUACUCCUGAUUGGAGUGGAGCCCUAGGGCAUUUCCCUCCCCUCUGCCUUUCCCAGGGCCGGGGCCCACCCAUCUGUCCACAGGGCUGGCAGGCUGGCCAAGCUCAUGGUUACCUUGUGCCAUUCAUGGCCAAACUGAAGGAACCACAUUCCAGGUGGGUGCUGGCAGCUCUGAAAGUCAGGAUAGUGAAGGAAAAAUAAUAGCAAUAAACAUUUCAUAGACUCAUGGAACUGAAGGGACCUUAGCAAUCAUCUCAUCCAUUCCCCCAUCUGACAGAUAAGGAAGCUGAGGCCCAGAGAAGAAAGGACCUCCCUAGAACUCACAGUAAAUUAGCAUUCGAUGUGGCCUUCCUACCUAAGGUUAUGUUGUCCACAAAAAUUUACCUAGGGCUGGAUUGGCUUGGUUUUGCAAAAAUAAAGUCAGCCGCACCGACACCUGGUGAGCUCUGGAACAGCCUCCGGGUUUUUGUUUCUGCUCUUUCCCCACGCGAACUCCAGAGGGGUGUGUUGAAUACUGGGCAGAGGUCACAUGAGGACAGACGGCAGGAACAAUAAUUGCAAAUGAAUAGCAUUUGGAAAUUCUGUGAGGACAUCUGGAGGUUUUGUCCUACACCUGACUCCAGCUUUAGGAGGAGCACAUAGGCUGCCUGCAAAGGAAACUCAAGUAAAGGACAGCAGCCCCUCAUCCUGAGAGGAGAGUAGGAUGAGGCCCAGGAGACACAGGCUGUCCUGGGAGAAGAGGGACCCCUGAGCGAGGAGGCCCCACUAGUCCCAGCCAGGUGGCCAGGUUGCCCAGCAUUGUCCCCUGUAUCCAGCACUUGGCUGGGCCAGCAGCCCCUGGUGUGUGUGGGGGAAGCAGGAACAUUUUACUUUACAAAAUAGGAUCAUUAAUAAUAUUUGGGACUUUUAAAUAAUUCUUCAUUUUAAAGUCUUACAAACUUAGACAUACCACUACCCCUACCACCCAUGUCUCCCUAAAGGAGGGAAAAAUCAGGAACCCUUGGGGCCAGAAGGGCCUCAGAGGCCACCAUUCCCAGAAGGGCAAAGCCCAUCAGCAUGCUCGGCCCAGAGCCAGGAGUUAGGGGCCUACCUUUUUGGCCUUCCAGGGAACUGCAGGACCAGCAAAGAGAACCCCAGCUCUUCUAAAUGGUCUGUUCUAGGGUACUGAUGAGGUUUCAUUUUAAAGCAACAGAAAACUUCCAGUGUUAAUCCAUUUUUUGCAAAUACAUCCUCCUACUCUCUGCUUUUGUAAGGGUGGGUGAAGUUGUUUUAGAUUACGUUGUGUGUGUUUGGAAAAUGCCAAAAUAAUAACAAUGAUAACAAUAA